AUGUCGGCCGAAUCUAACCCUGUCCGUGAGCUCGAGAUGCUCCGGGAUCUCGUUGUGUCCAGUAUCGAUGUCGUCAAGGGCGCCGUCCUGGAGCACCAGGAUCCUCCACUCACACUCCACGCCGUCGACGAGCAUCCCAUCCAUCGGCGAGACGAGAAGAACGUCCUGUAUGCUCUCAAGUCAAUCGCCUCUGCUGGACAGAUGCUGCGGGCUCUUUGUGGGCCGAAUACGUACUUGAACGACUUCACCUACGGAUGCCACGACCAGACCUCUCUUCUCGUCGCCUGCCAGGCCGAUAUCCCCAACCUCCUGGCCGAGGGCCCUGGUCACAUUGACGAACUGGCAGCAAAGACAGGGCUGAACGCCGGAGUUCUGGCCCGGUUCCUGCGCAACCUGUGCAAUUCCCACAUUUUCGAGGAAGUAGCCCCGAACACCUUUGCCAACAACGCCUUGUCCGUGCGAUACCGAUCAGAGGCGCUGAGGGCCAUUGUGGGCCAUUGUAUCGAUGGCUGUCGCCCUGCGUCCUGCAAGGUGUGGGACGCGAUGACGAGCCCGGAGUUCAAGAACGCCACUGAACCGACAAAGGCGCCGUUCAACAUUGCCUAUGACACGCCCCUAGACUACUUCAAGUACACUACGACCGUCAGGCCGGAAAUGGCCAAGCGGACCCAGAAGGCCAUGGGUGGGAAGGCCUUCAACCUGGGAGAGUACCUCAGCCUCUAUCCCUGGGCCCGCGAGAAGGACGCUCAUAUCGUCGAUGUGGGAGGGGCCAUCGGAGCAGCUACUCUGCCAGUCCUGCGGGCCUUCCCAGGGCUCAGCCUGACGGUGCAGGACCAGCCAAGUUCGAAGCCGGUCUUCGACAAGAACCUCAUUGACAACUUUUCCGAGUUUGUGGAUACCGGAAUUGCCUCUUUUGCCCCCCUGGACUUCUUCAAAGAGGCCCCUGUCAAGGGAGCGCAGAUCUACUUCCUCCGCCACGUUAUCCACGACUGGCCUGAUGUGGAGGCCGUCCAGGUCCUCAAGUCCUGUGCCUCGGCUAUGACACCAGAGAGCAAGCUGCUCAUCUGCGAGCACAUGGUGUGCCCAACGUACCGUGCAGCCGGGGAAACUCAGCCGCGAGGCGACAGCCAGCAUGACGCUCCGGAGCCGCUGCUGGCGAACUGGGGAGACGCUCCAACCAGCCGGCUGGAUCUGCAGGUGUACAGCUUCAUCAAUGCUAAGCAACGCACGCGGGUCGAGUACGAACGCUUGGCUGAGCAAGCGGGGCUGGAGUCGGUGCAGGUCUGGCGCAAUCUCGGCGACCUUACCAUCGUGGAGUGUCGGCUGAGGAGGGAAUAG